AGCAGCAGGAGCAGCAGCAGCAGGAGCAGCAGCAGCAGGAGCAGCAGCAGCAGGAGCAGCAGCAGCAGGAGCAGCAGCAGCAGCAGCAGCAGCAGCAGCAGCUGCAGCAGCAGCAGCAGCUGCAGCUGCAGCUGCAGCUGCAGCUGCAGCUAUUGCAGCAGCAGCUGCAGCAGCAGCAGCAGCAGCAGCAGCAGCAGCAGCAGCAGCAGCAGCAGCGUGACGGCGAUUGCGCAGAGUCCCUGCUGCGACGUCGUGGCUGGAGAGACAACGCACUGGUGGAGUGGGUCUUCGACAGCGCCGAUGGAAUCCCGAGGGAGUUGAGGGCCCGCAGGGGCCACGUGGGGACCGUCACGCACAUGCAGUUCUACAGCCCCGAGGGGACGGAGUUGCUGGUUGCGAGCUCGUUGGGGGGUCGAGGGUUUUUGGGUUUUAUCUCUUUAAUUCAGCAGCAGCAAAACUGCGUCUUUUCUCAGAAGAAUCUUAAAAACAUUCAGGGGCUGUGCGACGUGGAGGUUUGCGACACGUUGUUGGGGGUUUGGCGGGAAGGAAUUAAUGCCCACUGUUUAGCGCCUAGGGAGCCGAAAGUGCUGCUGCCUCCCGAACCUGCUGCAGCAGCAGCAGCAGCAGCAGCAGCAACAGCAGUUUGCUGCAGCAGCUGCGGCAACUUUGCUGUUGUGGGGUACGCCGAUGGCCGCAUGCACAAGUUCAAUCUUCAGUCGGGGCUUCACCGUGGGGAAUUCAAAAGCAGCAGCAGCAGCAGCAGCAGCAGCAGCGGCAGCAGCAGCAGCAGCAGCAGCAGCAGCAGCAGCAGCGAGCAGCAGCAGCAGCAGCAGCAGCAGCAGCAGCAGCAGCAGCAAGCUGCAGCAGCUAAAAAAAGCCCACACCGGCAAAAUUUGUGGGGUGUUUAUGGUGGGGCCCUCUAUGGACUGCAGCCUGGCGCUGUGGGACUUGAGCAGCUGCUUGCUGCUGCAGCGGAAGCUGCUGCUGCUGCCGGACGGCAGCAAAGGGGGGGGGGUUUGUGGGACACCUCAGUUCUCGUGUACGACCUUUUUGCUGCUGCUUUUUCCGACUUCUUUUCUUUCAAACUUCGACCCAACUUUUUGCUCUUCGACCCCUCCGCCGCGAGGCUCCUCGUCGCCCUCGACUCCCCCCAAACUGGGAUUUAUGAACUUACAAACAAAUGCCUCUUAAGUGAAAACCCGGGGGCCCCCCUGCUGCAGGGGCCCCCCAAGUUUCCAGUGCCGAUGGAGGGGUCUGCUGCUGCUGCUGCUGCUGCUGCUGCUGCUGCAGCAGCAGCAGCAAAUGAGGCGGAGGAUGCUGCAGCAGAUGCUGCUGCUGCUGCUGCUCUUUUGAAUUAUAAAAGCAAAGAAAGUCCUUUGGAAGUGGGAGCAAUAACUCUUUCGGGUGUAUCGACAGCUCGCGUACACUCCAUUUUGUACCUCGAUGAAAUGAAGGCCUCCGCAACGCCCGCAAAAGCGCCGGAAGUUCUGGCGGAAGUUCCUUUCUUUUUGCCGGGGCGUUACAGCGAGGGUUCAGGUGUACAUACACCUGAACUCGCGCUGGAGCUGGAGCUUUUUGGCGCCAAAAAAGACGAAAAUGCGGCAAAAGAAGAAAUAAAUAAAAAGCAAAAAACAAAUAAGUUCAAAUCGCAGCUUCAGAAGCUCUUGGGUGUACAGACACCGAAGAAAGAGAAGAAGUUCCAGGACAUCCUCAGCUACCUCAAGGCACUCUCCCCCACCGCCGUUAAUUUGGCCCUCGCCGAACUGGGGCCCCUCGUGGGGGCCCCCGAGGAGGAAGCCCACGCUGAACUUUUCCUAACUCCCUCCGAAGCAGCAGCAGCAGACCCAGCAGCAGCAGCAGCAGCAGACCCAGCAGCAGCAGCAGCAGCAGCAGCAGCAGCAGCAGCAGCAGCAGCAGCAGAUUUCAAAGGGCGUUGUUUGAGUCUGUUGGAAGAAAUAAAAGAAAUAACAAAAAGAGAUUGGGGAAUUUUGGAAAAUCAAUUUCAGCAAAUUGAAUGCACUUUGAAGUUUUUGGCGCAUUUGCAAAUGGACUAA